GUAAAUUGCAUAUUUUACAGGGAGGAGGAUCCUGACGAUGUGCCUCAUGGACACAUUACAUCACUGGCAGUUAAACGCUCUCACAGGCGUCUUGGACUGGCUCAAAAACUGAUGGAUCAAGCCAGCAGAGCCAUGAUCGAGAACUUCAAUGCCAAAUAUGUCUCUUUACAUGUCAGGAAGAGUAACCGGGCCGCUCUUCACUUGUACUCAAACACGCUUAAGUUUCAGUGA